UCUCUCUUCACUGCCCCUUCACGGAUAUUUAUAGGAAUCUAACUUGUUUUUAGUUAUUUUGGGCCAACUUUCUCCACUCUUUUUUUCCCCACCAUAAAAAAGUGCUACAGAAAAUCUACAAUCAAGUGAUCAAUCUUCCGUUGUCAUCUUCUGCAAAACAGUUGAAAGUAUGAAGCUUCCUUCCUCAUCUGUAUUUCCUGUGAACCACAAUGCCUCUCUUCGUAAUAGCCUCCUUUCAUCAUCGUGAAACUUCUUUAUCAAUUGUUCAUAACACAAACGUUAAUGGUUCCAUCUCUUUUAAUUAGGUUUCAACUCUCUAUUAAAGCUCGAACUUUCUUCUACAGAGACCAGUCAUAUCUCUCUUUUUUUCCUUUAGUUGUUAGGUGCUAGCUCUCUUUUGUGAGAAUAAAUUCUUGUCUCUGGAUUCCAAGAUUCCUGGUACCUUUAUCUUUUCACAAACUUUACCAUAUAAAGAAUCUUUUUGUUCUGUACAUUCUUAAACUGGCUUCACUUUAUCUGUGUCUUCUUGAUAGUAUCUGAAUUCUGUUAUCACUUAAUUGUCUAAACAACUGGUAUUCAAGUUGAACUAUCUGCUACAAUGCCUCCCUCAUACUUUCCUCUUCGUUGGGAGAGCACAGGAGAUCAAUGGUGGUAUGCAUCACCUAUAGACUUUGCAGCUGCAAAUGGCCACUAUGAACUUGUUAGGGAGCUUCUCCACCUUGACCCAAAUCUCCUCUUUAAACUCACUUCUCUUCGCCGAAUUCGCCGACUUGAAACUGUGUGGGACGACGAGGAACAGUUUGAUGAUGUUGCAAGGUGUCGCUCUCAUGUUGCGAGAAAACUACUUCUUGACUGUGAAACAAAGAGAGGUCACAAUUCUUUUAUUCGUGCUGGCUAUGGUGGCUGGCUUCUCUACACUGCUGGCUCAGCUGGGGAUGUGAGUUUUGUUAAAGAAUUGUUAGAGAGAGACUCUCUUCUUGUUUUUGGAGAAGGAGAAUAUGGUGUCACUGAUGUUCUAUAUGCCGCCGCUAGGAGCAAGAAUUCUGAGGUUUUCAGGCUAGUUUAUGAUAGUGCUACUUGUAUCUCACAAGGGGAAUUGGGAGAGAGUCAUUCAGUUUUUAAGUGGGAGAUGAUGAAUAGAGCUGUUCAUGCUGCUGCUAGAGGAGGGAAUUUGGAAAUUCUUAAGGAGCUUCUUGGGGAUUGUGCUGAUGUUCUAGUUUAUAGAGAUGCGAAGGGAUCUACCAUUCUUCAUUCAGCCUCCGGGAGAGGGCAGGUUGAGGUGGUGAAGGAUCUUGUAGAAUCCUAUGACAUCAUCACUGCCACAGAUAGUCAAGGGAACACAGCAUUACAUGUGGCUGCUUACAAGGGAUAUUUGGCUGUGGUAAAGGUUUUGGUUGCUACAUCUCCCUCGCUGAUCUCUGUAACAAAUAAUUAUGGAGACACUUUUCUUCAUAUGGCAGUGGCUGGUUUCCGGACUCCUGGUUUUCGAAGAGCAGACAGGCAGGUUGAGCUCAUGAAGCAGCUGGUAAGUGGUAAAAUAAUAGACAUGCAAGACAUAAUAAAUGUCAGAAACAAUAAUGGAAGAACCGCACUGCACUUGGCUGUAGCUGAGAACAUUCAGUCUAGUCUAGUGGAACUUCUCAUGACAGUGCUAUCAAUUAAUUUGAACAUCCGGGAUGGUGAUGGACUGACCCCACUAGAUCUACUUAAGCAACAACCAAGUUCAGCAUGUUCUGAAAUUUUAAUCAAGCAGUUGAUUUCAGCUGGAGGAAUCUCCAAUUGUCACGAUAAUGUGGCGAGACAUGCCAUUGUUUCACAUCUGAAAGGACGAGGUAUAGGUGUCAGUCCUGGAUCUUCUUUUAGAAUUCCUGAUGCAGAGAUAUUCUUGUACACUGGUUUUGAGAAUGCAUCUGAUGCUAGUUGUGAUGCAGCAAGUGUAGAGUACAGUUCAUGCCGUAGUGAACUAAGUGAUUUUGACUCAAGUAACUCACUGGAUGGUAAGAAGUUGAGUUAUAUUAAUCAUGCUGCAAGGCGUCUAAAGUUUCUUCUUCAGUGGCCCAAGAAAAAAGAGAGAAAAACUGCUAGUUCAGAGAUGGGAGUUGAUGAUCCUUUGGAGGCCUCCAGUGAAUAUAAAAUUUGGGAAAACAUUCCCGUUCCACUUCGACAGAAGUAUUCAAAAUCUCUGUCUUUUCCAAACUGCAAAAGGGUUUUUUCUUUGAGGAGUGACUUACCAAGUCCAUCUGCUAAAAAGAAAUUUACUGCAGGGCUAACACAUGGUGUGAUUCAAGCAUUGCCACAUUUCAUUGUUCCAGUCCAAUCAUCUUCAAGUCCUUUAUCGGGGUCAUCAAUGUCUUCACCUUCAGCAAUGGAUAAAGAAAAGGGUGUUGAUAUUUCAGAACCCUCUUGCUCAAAUCAGCCUCUGGAUCGUAAAUUUCCUCAAAUGCACCGAAAACAAAAUUCCUUGAAUAAGAAGUUGAUGAAUCAGUAUUUGUGUGUUGGUGCACAAGGCCUGGCAGUGGAAGUCCCGACUAGCUAUAUGAGGCCAGAUAGAAGUUACAAGCAUGUCAGUUCUUUAGUUGCUUGAUCUGAAUAUGUCAAGUAUUGUUUGUAUAAAACCUACUAACAUUCUGUAUUAGAUAUACAGUCAUUGAUAUUUUUGUGUGUAUUUUUUUAUGCAAUGCUAAGAAAAACCUGGACUUGUGGAAUAUGUACAAGGCUUUUACUAUAUUUGUAUCUACCAGUUUGUUGAGAGCUCAAAGUUACAUAAAUUUCAAUC